AUGCCAUUCACCUCGCUCUCCGCUCGCCAUCACGACCUCACUCCCUCCCCCUUUCCCCCCACUACCCCCGCUGCCGCUCCCCCCUUUCCGCGUUCGCGCGCGCCAGACCCCGUGUACCCGACGGUGCGGGCGGCGGGAGAGGGGGAGCGCGGGCGGGGGGCGGUGCGCGAGUACGCGUUUGAGGACGCGCUGCACGCCACGGAGGGCUUCAAGGCGCUCGCGGGGCGCGGCCCGUUCGGGUUCGUGUACAAGGGCUUCAUGUGGGCGCACGCCGCGCGCACACCGGGGGAAGGCGCAGAGGGGGAGGGCGCGGAAGGCGUGGGCGCGCGCGCGCUGAUCCCGGUGGCGGUGAAGGUGCUGAACGGCGACCCCGUCACGGGCGUGGGGGGGCUGGCGACCUUCGCGCACGAGUGCGCGUUGGUGGAGGAGGAGGGGCGGCAUGCGAGUCUGCUGCGCGUGCAUGGGUACGUGGCGCAGCGGCCGCCCAUCAUCAUCUGCGACUUCAUUGAAGGCGGCACCGUGGAGCAGCUCAUGGGCAGAGUGGCGAGGGGAGAGGUGCAGUUUGGGUGGAGGGAGCGAGUGCAGAUGGCCUUCUCAUGCGCCGACGUGCUGGCACAGCUGCACCGCCUCAACCUCGUGCACCGCAACUUUAAGGCCUCCAACGUGCUCCUGCAACCCGACGGGACGCCGGUGGUGGCGGACUAUGGGUUGGCGCGGGUGGUGGCGGAUUGGAAGAUGCACGUGCAGAUGAGGGGCGCCUCCUCCAUGUCCUACAUCGACCCCGCCUACUUCGACUCCGGCACGUUGACGCGCCUGUCAGACACGUACGCAUUCGGCAUCUUCCUGCUCGAGCUUGUGUCGGGGGCAUCAGCGCAGGGCCCGCGCUUCAAGGCCGUGCGCAAGGCCGUGGCCGUGGCACGCGAGGCGGACCCCUCACAGGUGCUGGAUCCAGUGCUGGCGGGGCAGUGGCAGCCUGCUGCCAGUGCCAUCGUGCUGGCGACCAUCCGCUCCGCCAUUGUGUACGAGCGUGAUAACCGCCCCGACAUGGCCAUUGUUAGGGACCAGCUGAGGCGUGUGCUCGAUAUGAUUGCACAUGCCAUCAUGCCGCACAGUGCACAUGCCAUCAUGCUGCACAGUGCACAUGCCAUCAUGCCGCAUAGUGCACAUUCCAUCAUGCCGCACAGUGCACAUGCCAUCAUGCCGCACAGUGCACAUGCCAUCAUGCCACACAUUGCAACUCGUGUUGUUCUCUACUGCCCUAUCCUGUUUCCAAUGGUUGCCUUGUCUGUUGAUCACCUCUGCCCGGUGCUCCCCUCCCCAUUCCUCGGUGCUCCUCCCCACGUCUUUGCACUUGCCCCACGCUGUUGGAUGGCAGGCGAUGCGGAGGGGGGGAUAGAGAUGACCAACAGCAUGCAAAUGCUGCGCCAGUACUGCCUCAUGUUCGCCUCUCAAGGCCCCCCGCCCUCCUCCGUGCGCCUUUUCUUCCCGGAUGCCAACGAGCUGCCGGCGGCACAGGAGGUGUUUGAGGGCACGGCGUUCCCGCUGGACUGUCUGACCAAGCCCACGGGGCUGGAGGACAUCGGCUUCUCGCGCAAGCUGCCCCUCGCCCACCGCGUGGCCACCUCCGACCGCCUCUUUGUGGCCGCCUACCCCUACUUCAACGUCAACGAAAUGCUGGCAGUUGAUGAUCUGUACCGUGACGUGGCAAGCAAGAACGGGCAGCCAAUCAUUGUCUUCAAUGGGGAGCUCGAUCGGAUCCGAUCAGGAUACUACCCGUCAUUCUUCUACCCAAAACUGGCAAAAAUCAAUAAGAGCCUGCUCCCACUCUUCGAAGCUGCUUAUUACAUCCAUAACUUCAAAGGAAGGUUUGGAGGCAAACUGUUUAGGGCAUAUCCAGGACCGUGGCAGGUGGUUAGCACGCAGCCAUGGCGUCCAAACGAGGCAAGCACUCCUAUCGUUGAUGGUGGAACGACGACGGGAGCCAAGUUUCGAGUGACGCUGGGUCUGCCGGUGGGCGCGGUGCUCAACUGCGCGGACAACACGGGCGCCAAGAACCUCUUCAUCAUGUCCGUCUGCGGCAUCAAGGGCCGCCUCAAUCGCCUGCCGUCCGGCGCCGUGGGCGACAUGGUCAUGGCCACGGUCAAGAAGGGCAAGCCCGACCUCCGUAAAAAGGUGCUACCGGCGGUAAUCGUGCGGCAGCGCAAGCCGUGGCGCAGAAAGGACGGCGUCUUUAUGUACUUUGAAGACAAUGCGGGAGUCAUCGUGAACCCGAAAGGAGAAAUGAAAGCGCCGCCAACUCCAUCGUCUAGACCCCUCAGGCAUAGGGGGCGGCGGAAGUUGAGGGCAGCGGGGCCAGACUGUUACGCCGAUGUCACUCACAUGACCACUCCGCACGUCGCCGCGUUUCCCCACCCAUGUCACAUGCCCGCCCCGCGCUUUCGUCGCGCGCCUAUCCGCGCGCCACUCCUGUGGGCGCUGUGCCUCGUCUGCCUCGCCCGCUUUCUUCCCGUCGCACCCGUCGCAGGCCACUCGUCGCCUGCUCUCUCCUCGCCAUCGCAGCUGUCGCCCACUCUCGCUCGUCGUCGUCUCACCCAAUCGCCCGCGCCUGAUCCCCCCUCGCAAUCCCUCGCCCCGUCGCCUGUGGCGGAGUGGGCGGCAGGCGAAGGGUGGGAGAGGGACACGUGGCGCGAUCUGAGUGGCGAGUUCGGUGAGGAGGAGGAUGAGGGAGGUGAGGGCAGCAGCCGGCGGGGAAACGAAGACUGGACCGAGCAGGCGCAGGGCAAGAGGGCCGAAGAGGGGAUAGGGGGAAAGGCGGGACUGGGGGGCGCAGAGCAGGGUACCGCGGGCGAGGCAGGGGAGGCGGGCGGGGGGGCGGCCCAGAAUGCGGGGAAGGGCGGGCGCGGUGGUGGGGCGGCUGCCCCAGAGAGCUCGGCAGGAGCAGCAGAGGGGGCGAGCUGGGGCAGGCGGGCGUGGGAGGGGGAGGGCGCGGAGGGCGAAGCGUGGCAAGUGGAGGAGGCGUGGAGGGAGUGGGACCGAGUCGUGGGUUGCGAGCGAUUCCGAGCCAAACACGCAGGCCACAGCAGCAGCAGUGGUGGCAGCAGCUUUCAGGGCGAGGAGGCGAGUGACUGCUCACUGCUGAAGCUGCCCCAUGUCACCGUGCAGAUCAUGGCGUCGGCGUCGCUGCCCGCAUGGCUGGAGGGCUUCUUCGCGUGCCCGUGCGGCCUCACGUGCACGCUGUCGCGCAGUGAGGUGCUGGCGGCGCGCCCAGACGCCAUGCUCUACGAGGGGGGCGCGCCCAGGGGGGUGCGGGUCAAGGGCGACCCGCUGCUCGUGCACGUGGAUAUGGAAGCGGAGGGGGAGGGGGGAGAGGGGGAAGAGGGGGCGCAGGGGGGCAGUGGAGUGGAUGUGACGGUGGGGUAUGGCCCGGGUGCGGACGUGCAGUGCUCGUAUGCCAGCAACCUGCUGCUGGCCGACCACAACCCCCUCGUCGCUGCCUCCAAGUCCCCCGCUCUUACCAUCUUCCACGCCUCAUCACGCUAUUCGCCAUGGCGGGCGGCAGCAGCGCCGCUGCUACUGGCGCACCCCCUCACACACCGCUUCGGCCUGCAGACGCCCCUCCCGCUGCGCCGCUCCCUGCGCCGCGCCUUCCCCCACUGCCAGUACUCGCGUGCCCCCAAGGCUGCACGCGCACAGGGUGCUGCUGUUGCAAAGGGGACAGCGGCUGUGGGGGAGGGAGGAAGGGGGAGUGCAGCAGUGCAAGGGAAGGUAGAGGGGAAGGAGGGGCAGGGGAAGGAGGGGCAGGGGGAGAAGAAACAGGGAGAGGGGAGUGCAGGGGGGGCAGAGGAGGGGGCAGGAUGGACGGCGAGGGACCGGGAGAUGGCGGGCGUGGACGAGGCAGUUGGGGGAGGGGGGGGAGGAGGGGCGCGAGGGGGACCGUAUGCGGGGUGGUGGGGCGAGCUGGCAUGCGUGCAGUCGCACUUCCUCUUCUCCCUCGCUAUCGAACGCCACCCCCGCCCCUCCUACGUCACUGAGAAGUUCUUCCUGCCGCUCCUCGCAGGUAGCCGCCCCACCCCGCUUCAACUUUCCCACCCACACACCAUGCACCCCUUGACAGGCUACACGUGUAGCUCAGAAUGUGUUCUUGCUCACAUGCACACGCCCUUGUGUGUGCGUACGCCACGCCAUCCCCACCUCUUCCGGGAGGCGAUGGCACGCAGUGUGCCGAUAUACUACGGGGCGGCAGACGUGCGUGAGUUUGCCCCACCGGAGUCGUUCAUGGAGGGCGGGGUGGAGAGCCAGGAGAGCAUAGUGCAGCGCGUGCACGCCAUGCGCACCAACACCACGGAGUACCUCUCCCUGCACGCAUGGCGCCGGUGCGGAGUGCUGGGGGGUCUGCAGCGAGCGUUGCAGACGGGGUUUGACACUCUGCCGUGCCGCCUGUGCCAUCGCAUCAGCGCCAUGGGGGGGCGCGCACACACCCCACAACCCCGCUCUGCUGAAGAGGAUGCUGCUGCUGGCGGGGGUGAUGCAGGUGCCAUGAACUCGGGCGCAACAGUGAUUUGA